CUGAGCACCAUUCAGAGCACACAACAGAGCACGUACUUUGUUCAUAGCAGAAGCAAAGAUGUUAUCCACUGUUGCACGUUCCGUAAAAGGAAGCAGGUCCAUUGCCUGGAGAAGCUUGUCUACCACUAGCACCCUGCCUGCUACUAAAGGAUAUGGUGUUCCCAGUAACGCUCCUGUUGAUUUUACCAAACCUAUGUAUUGUGACCGCCGUGAGUACCCGCUACCCGACGUACCAUUUAUAACUGAACUGACCCCGGAGCAGAAAGCACUGAAGGUGAAGGAAACUGGGCCCUGGAACCAGCUAACCAAAGAAGAGAAACUGGCAUUAUAUCGGGUGAGCUUCUGUCAGUCUUACGAGGAGAUGAACGCCGGAUCAGGAGCAGAGUGGAAAACGAUCGUAGGGGGUGUGAUGUACUUCCUGGCAUUCAGUGGAUUGUACCUCUGGUGGCACCGCACAUAUGUGUAUGGCCCUGUUCCUAUAACCCUCUCCAAGGAAUGGAUAGAAGUGCAGUCCAAGAGAAUGAUUGACAUGAGAGUGAAUCCUGUCACUGGCUUCUCAUCUAAAUGGGACUAUGAGAACAAAUGUUGGAAAUAGUACUUUGUGUAUAAUCUUUCUAUAUUCAAUAAAAAUGAUAUUUCUGUAA